AUGGAGAGAGAUAAGCCGGUUGCAGCCCAACUGACCCCAGACCCUCCUCCCCCACCAUCCCCCAUGUGGCUGGAUCAAGUCCCCAAGACGGAGAACCUGUCCAACAAGCCCCGCACUGCGCCCCCAUCACCCCCCCAGCCGGCCCUAACCUCCUUACUGCCUGCAGAAGGAGCUGAACUCGGCUUCUAUUUCCCUGAACUGGCCCUCCAAGGAGACACGCUGACAGCGGGGACGUGCUGGAAAGGUGGCUGUGGGCUGGGACCCCUAGGCUCUGGGGAAGAAGGGCUCCCGAGGCUGGACGGGGACUCCACGUUACGGCAGACAGAAGCUCCAUGGGGGGCGGAGCCCGCCCCUCAGGCUUUUCAGUGGUCUGGGGACUGUACCGACCUGGAGCGCACUGGCUCGGGCACUUGGAGCAGCGUCUCGCAAGCCCUGGGCCCCGCCCCGGGCGGCCUGGGCCACGCCUCCUUCGCUGGUCCUGAAGGAGCCGCAGGCCAGAACGUUACCACCUCGGCAAGUAGGGCCAGCUCGUGGUGGCGCACCCCGGCCGCCGCCAGCUCCACCAUCUGGGACUGUUCUUUUGGCCCCGACCGCGCCACCUACUGGAGCAAGGGCCUCGGCGAGCAGCCGCGCGCGAGCUCGGCCAUGUCGUGGGGACCGCCCUCGGACGCCGACUAUACUACCUCCUGGGACUCGAGGCUGCUUACGGAUUGCACCGCCUCUUCGAAGGGGCACCUGAGCUCAGAUCUCACCACUCUCUCCGAACUGAGCCAGCGACCAGACCGAGCAGCCUUAUCUCGUUGUUACCCGAAAACUAACCACAGAGGUCCGAUUCAGCUGUGGCAGUUCCUCCUGGAGCUGCUCCAAGACGGGGCGCGAAACAGCUGUAUCCGCUGGACCGGCAACAGCCGCGAGUUUCAGCUGUGCAACCCCAAAGAGGUUGCGCGGCUGUGGGGCGAGCGUAAGAGGAAGCCCGGCAUGAAUUAUGAGAAGCUGAGCCGAGGUCUGCGCUACUACUACCGCCGCGACAUCGUGCUCAAGAGCGGUGGGCGAAAGUACACUUACCGCUUUGGGGGCCGCGUGCCCGGCCUCGCCUAUCUGGACCAUGGGGGAAGCGGAGAGGGAGCAGCGACCCAAUAAAAAUAUCCCGUCAAACUUCA